UUAGGACGCCGCUCGACGCUCGACGGGGAGACGUGUGAAAAACGCUUUGCUUCGGCUUUUGCUGAGUCUCCGUUUUCGUUUGUAUUUCAUUAAAAUCCCUGAUCGAGAUGUCACGUCGACGAAAGAGUGGAGCAAACGAGACGCCAUCCAAGGAUCAGAAAGCUGAUAAGGAUGAUGAUGAUAAAUUAACAAUGAAUGAUUCCAAGGUGGAAUGGAGUGAACAGGAGAAGAGUCGUCUUUUGGAUGCUUUAAAAAAAGACGAGGGAAGAAAUAACUGGCGUUGGAUUGCAAGACAAGUUAAAACCAGGACCACAGCACAGGUGAAAGAUUUUGCUUCAAAAAUCAGGACAGAAAAGCAAGCUUCUAACAAGAGACCAAUUGCUCCAAGAGAAGAUGGUGUACUUGAGGCAUGGAUUAAUGUGACAAAGAGACUGAGAGGUGAUAGCGAUGUAGAUGGGACUUGCAUACCUCAGAAUCAAAUGGCACCAACAACACAAUCUGAAGAAUUGUCAGAAAAGGAAGGCAACAAAUGCGACAACCACGUUGACCCUGGUUUUGACAAAAGCGAUGAAAGCAAGGAGGAUUCACAUGAUCCAGCAAGUGAAAGUACAGAUGAAAAUCAAACUGGUCCUACAUCCAAAGUCAACCACGAUGAUAACGAACACGUGAUGGAUAAUACUAUGGAGGACAUCUUGAGUACUCAGAGACAAAUGAUAGAGAAAAUCGAUGUUUUAGACUCCAAACUUGAAAAGCUUCAGUCUAAUGACCAAGCUUCACAGUCAACUCUGAUGGAAGUGUUGGCUAAGAUUAAUGAAAGACUUGAUCAGCUCAGCAAGAACACAUCCCAUGCUUGUUGUGGUGGACCUGUCAUACUUCAAACAACUCGUCAUGCCAAUGUUAUACAUCAACCUAUUCUUGAUCCUUGUUUUUCUUGUAGAGAUGUGAUAAGGAACAAUAGAACUGAAAGUUUGUCAGUGGCUUCCUCAGAAGAUAAUAUUUUAAGCUUCUCCCAUCCUUUAAGUACAACUUCUGAAUCAACAAAAACUUCAAUUGUAUAUAGCACAGGGAAUGAUUCUUCUAAGAGUAUUUCUGGGAAGCAGUCUUGCAUGGAUUUUGUCUCAGACAGGCAGAAUGAUUCUCACCCCGAGCCACAAAUGGUGGCUACCAGCCAUUACACGUCCUCUCCCAGAGUUACCUCAAGUGUUUGUAGUGCAUCUCCUGUAGAUCUUUCAGAAUCACCAAAAAACAAUCAAGGUACACUUAAUGUUCUGACAAAGGUGUCUUGUGUAUCAGAAAGGGAGGACAGUACAUCGGGUAUGUCAAGGGAACAAACUUCACCAGCCACCAAACAUUCCUCAAAGGAGGAUGCGUAUGUUGUUCUUGUUAAAGAAAGUAGCUCCACGCCAAAGAGAUCCCAGUGCGAAACUUUAGUUGUUAGUCCAUCUUCAGUCACUGGGAUAAACAGCACUCCUCCAACAGCUAAAGAAGUUUCAACUGUUUCAAGACAACAACAAGUUUCAUCAUCUCAAGUUGAGUGCAGAAACAUGUCUUCUCCUUUAAGCACUCGACAUUUUACAACAGCACCCACGCCAGUUUCUUCUGUAAACAGGUCGCAGAUGCUCACUGCACCCUUUCCCCAGCCUUCUUUCAGUGCUGGUGAGAUGGUGUUGACUAACAGCUAUGCUGAUGGAAGAAAACCAUCGUCAGAUGCAACAGAAAUGCACCUUGAUUAUAAAUCUAUGGCAACAGUUUUUCCAGACACUCCAAGUACUAUCUCCAGAGUGCCAUCAGGACCCAGUCAAUUUACUGCACAACAUGCUGUCUUUGUGGCUAAUAGUUCUACGAGUAGUACGCCAUCAUGUAAUACAAGUGAUAAACCUUCUUCAAGUGUUCAAAUGCAAGAGCCUCAAGAACCUUCACCCCCACUGCAAAAGAACAUUCCACCAGGAUACAUAGCCCUCUCACACACUCCAACUGUUCCUCAUUCUCCAUGCACACCAAAGAACACAACAGCAUGGCAGCCACCAACAGUGAUGUCAGUAGGGUGUACUCAUUCCAUGCAUCAGAGAACAGAGUUUCGCAGUUCCCCAGCCUCACGUGCCAACCUUUUAAGACCUGAAGAAGUAAGUGGUAGACAAGAGAAAGUUUCAAGACCGGAUGUUCUCAGUGCAGCCAUGUUACUCAGCACCUAUGUCUCAGAGCACUCUAACCAACAGGAUCAAUCACAGUGGCAGUCCUGCCUCAAUGCAAUCAUUUCAGAUUAUCAAGAGAAAAACCAAGAUAUCCAUAGACAAGAUCUUUCACCACUUGUUUCAGUUGGCAGUAGUCCACAUGUCCUGAUGAUGCAACAUGAAUUAGAAGAUAUCUACAGGAAAUGCAGAACACGUCCGCAGUUCUUUGCCCUGCGCAUGGCUGAGAGGCUGUUUGGAUUUGAUAUUCUGAUGAAAUCCACACCUAAUGGGAUUGGGGGAAAAGCAGCUCUAAACCCAACAAUGUUGGAUGCAAUCAAAAUUGAAGUCCUUCAGAGAUUUGGUUCAGGAGUGUCUCCUGAACAACAGACAGAGAUGUGGAAAGGCUGCAUGACCAGUAUUGCACAGCGGUGCAAGAGACUCAGAAAUCCACGCAGGAACAGGUCACCAGCUGUCACAAUGAUCAGUAAUGACAAUGAAGGACCCCCUUCUAUGGCAGUGGGCAAAGAAUUGCGUUCAAACAUGAGUGGAAAUACCCAAACAGACUCAUGUGAUGAGGAUGAGGAGUAUGAAAUGGAAAAUUUGAAUCAUCCAAGUUCACAUAACACUCCAACUAUGGUCAGAUUGUCAUCUGACAGUGAACAAGAGAAUUUGCAUGGCAGUAAUCACGAUGCUUCAUGUGCAACUGAGAACAUUAAGAUUCACAAUGUCAAACAACUGGAAGACUCUGGAGAGCAACUGGAGCCAGCUGUUGAUUCAAUGGAAGAAGCAGGGGAAGAGGGAGCAGCUGUACAUGUUCCUCCAGGUGUCGACCCGGAUAUAACAGUUGUUUACUUGCCAUCCACUUUGGAAACGGCAUUGCGGCCUAAAGAAUCAGACAAACAACUGGGCAUAGCUCUCUCGCGCUCUAAUGAAGCUGACACUUUUAUCAGAUUAAAAGAAAGUGAAAGCCGUAAUGCCCCUUCCCCACAUAUUCAGGAGCCCUAUAUGCAUACAAGAGACAGUGUGUCACCUGGGCAUAAUUUACCUAUUGUUUGCAAAUACUCUGGAGACCGUCCACCUAUAGAAGGAAAUAUUUACAAGCCUGGUGGGACAUCUGCUGAAAAUGUCUUAGUGUCCGGCAUCAAAAUGACUCCAGACUUAGAUCAUACUACAAGUAUUAUCCCCCACAAAAAUAUCCCAACAGUUCUUCAGGGAGAUUUGAAAAGUCAAGGUCAUCAUGCAGCGAUUCUCCAUGUAAAGGAUGAUACUUCCCAAUUCAGGCAAAUAAAAGUGAAGUAUGUGUACCUGGAGGAUUCUGAAAAUGCACAUCUUUUCAUACAGCAAGACCAGGCAAUGGAGACAUUAGGUGAGGCAAAUGUCAAGCCAGAAAAGCCCUGUGAGCACUUACAGCAACCAUCUACGAAACCAACACUUCAGGAAUUGCCACUAGAUGAUGAUGCUACCCUCCUUAUGCUGCACUCACGGUCUGCAUCAGAGCAAAACUUUGCCGUGCAAUUGGUGCGCCAUUUCUUUGAGCCCCAUGAACUUGAUGGCCGGAAUGUAAGAGGAGUUGGUGGAAAGCUUGCCUUAAAUCCUGAAAAAAUCAGUAAAAUCAAAGGAAUUGUAUUUAGGUUUUACACAUCCUCUCUUGCACAACAAGAACUGUUGUGGCGUGAUUGUCGAAGAGCAAUAGAUGCAUAUCUUCGUAACAGAAGGCCCAGGACUUCUUUUGGGUCAAAGCUUUCUUCUUGAGCACUCUAUUUUGUUUGAUUAUUGGCAAAUAAUUAUAGUAGUAAUGGACUGUUGUUAAAAUUAAAGCUAUAUCAUCUUUUUGGGUUCUUUUGUUGCCAAUGCAAUGCAGCAGAGAACCCAGGACCUCUGUUGGGUCAAAGCUUUCUUUGUAAGAGCUUUAUUUAGUUUGUUUGUCUGUAAAAAAUAGUUGACUGUCAUUAAAAU